GAGCCACUCCAAUCAAUCAUCAUCCUCACCAGUCACCACCGUCCUUCCCCGAUCCCAUCCUCCCAUUUACUUUAGAAAUUAAAGAGAGAAAAAUCUGCAAUCCAAUCAAAGAAUUAUCCUAUCUUCGCAACCAAACAAGUAGAAGAAAGAAAGAUGUCCUCCACUUUCAGCGGCGAUGAAACCGCUCCUUUCUUCGGCUUCCUCGGAGCCGCCGCUGCUCUCGUCUUCUCUUGCAUGGGAGCAGCAUACGGGACGGCAAAGAGUGGGGUGGGAGUGGCCUCAAUGGGAGUGAUGAGGCCAGAGCUUGUGAUGAAAUCUAUAGUUCCAGUGGUUAUGGCUGGAGUUUUGGGUAUUUAUGGAUUGAUUAUAGCUGUUAUUAUUAGUACGGGGAUCAACCCGAAAGCGAAAUCUUAUUAUUUGUUUGAUGGGUAUGCACACUUGUCAUCUGGUCUUGCUUGUGGCCUUGCUGGCCUUUCUGCUGGAAUGGCCAUUGGGAUUGUUGGGGAUGCUGGAGUCAGGGCUAAUGCACAACAGCCUAAGCUUUUUGUCGGUAUGAUUCUUAUCCUCAUUUUUGCGGAAGCACUUGCUCUCUACGGACUCAUUGUGGGGAUCAUCCUUUCAUCCCGAGCUGGUCAAUCUCGUGCAGAAUAAACAAUGCCAAACUUUAAAGCUGUUGUUUUUUUAAUGUUAUUUUAUAUGGUUUAAAGUUGGAAAUGUAUAAUCAGAAAUUGACUGAGAAUACGCCGAGGUUUUCCCCCAUUUUAGUUCUGUUCCGUGUGAUGAACUCUCUGUCUGUGUUGGGUCUCUGAUCAAGAUUAUGGAACUGUACUCUUUUCCAAAGAGCAUCAUGCUCUGUGGCGCUGGACUGGAUUACCUGAAUGUAUUAUGAGGCUGAUUGCACUUUCUCAGAUAGAUAUAAUUGUUGAAUUUUUAAAAAUUCUGGAUUGA